UGUUUUAUUUUUCUUCUUCCUCUGCACGCGGCUGUUAGCCUAGCCUCCUAGUAGAGGCCGCUAGAUCUCUGAUUCUAGAUCUAGAUCUCUAGAAUCUAGUCUUGCUGACUUGCCCUCAGUAGAUCUAGAAAUCUAGUGACAGAGUUACUGUUGAAGCCGAGGUCUAGAUCUAAGUCUAGAUCUAGCAGUAACAGCACCAAUUUAGAAACCAAAAAGGAGAAAAAAGCUGGAGACUGGAGAGGAGCGAGGCGAACUUUUCUGUCCUCUGCUCUUGCUAGGCUAUAGAGGAAUCUUCGUACUCGUUUGCCGUUUGUUAUUUUCACCAUGGAAGGCAGUCAGGAGCAUCCUUUAUUUGUUUCAGCAGAGUCAAUUUCUGACUGUCUUGAAUUCAAGGACCUUAUCCCAGCUGUCGAAAAAGGUUUAGCAACUUUUUCACGACGGUCUGGUGACGAGCUUAUUCAACCACUUCGGACAGUGAUGACAUUUCCUGAAAGCAAUGGGUACUUUGCAAGCAUGCCUGUCUACAGCAAAAUUGAUGAUAUCAUUGUGACAAAAAUGGUGUCCUUUUUCCCAAAGAACACUGAUGUUCCAAGCCACAAUGCUGUGAUAUUAGUAUUUAGCACUAAGAAUGGGCUAAUGAGAGCGAUCAUGGAUGGUGAUGUCAUUACACUGAAGCGCACAGCAGCGGCAUCUGCAGUAGCCACAAAAUAUCUGACCAAUGGGCAACCACAUACUUUAGCCAUUCUGGGCUCAGGAAGUCAGGCCCGAUCUCAUUAUGCUGCUAUUUCCCACGUCUUCAAAUUCCAGCAGGUGAACAUCUGGAAUCAUCGAUCGGCCGGUGCUGAGGCUCUGGCCAAGGAAAUUGGUCCCACAGCCCAGGCAUUUGCCAGUGUAGAAGAUGCUGUGAGAGAUGCUGAUGUCAUUGUCACAGUGACAAGCUCUGACAAGCCUGUGUUGAAAGCAGAAUGGGUCAAACCAGGAGCACAUAUUAAUGCUGUUGGGGCUUGCCGGCCAAACUGGGCAGAGCUGGACCCUCAGCUCAUGCAGAACUCUGUUGUGUAUGCCGACAGUCGAGAAGGUGCCAUGAGUGAGAGCGGAGACGUUAUCAUGUCGAAAGCUACGAUCCAUGCUGAAAUUGGAGAAAUGGUCAACGACCCAACACUUGCGAGGCCUGCUGAGACAACUGUGUUCAAGUCUCUUGGUGUGGCUGUGGAGGAUGCUUCAGCUGCCAAGAUAGUAGUUGAUAAGUUAAAGAUUCCUUGAAUAAAAGCAUUGCCUUUUUCAAGUUCCUGAGUUAUUGAACUCGACUACUACAGGAUAGAGUCUAGUCCAUUGAAGUUUGCUUAAAAAUAAAAUUCACUAGGCCCCCUUAUUUUAAUACUCAGAGAGACUAUGUUAGAGAGAUAUCAAGCCUGAUAUAUUGAUAUAUAAUUAUCCAAUUUUUAGUACUUCCAGUGUUAUGAAUUAAAUAAUGUUUAUAGAAGGCAGGAUCUUAAGUGUUACCUGCUGCAGUUUUCUUUACCUGGUAAUUAAUCCAGCAGUUUGUGGAUUUAUGUUACACCACCACACAACUGCUUCAACAUUAAAUGCUAAAGGUGGUCAGAUGCUUUCCCCAUGGUUGCUAUAAAUAAAACCCCAAAGUCCAUCAAAGGUUCUUUACUUAAGAAAAACAGAAGGCAGUAGAGCAUCCUUUUGUAGUACUUUCUUUGCAGGAAUGGCUCAAACUCAAAACAAGGAUACCUCGUUGUGAUGGUUAUCAAACAAGAUGACCAUGGUGACUAAUUUAGUUCAGAUGCCAGAUCAUGGCAAAACAGAAGUUGAAACAACUCUCAACCCUGAAAUAGCGAUCGGGUGAAUGGGUUACAGUAGCUAAAUUCUUAAAGAGAAAUGGGACGAAAGUUUGAUUUUUAAGUCUGUGAUUUCAUGUUAGGUGAUUACCACUAUAUUAUUCAGAUUUUUCUUAAAUUUUUUUACGCAUUCAGACCAAAGAUCUGCAUCUGUCGGCACCUUUCCGUCAUACACAAGGACAAAUUCUUUAUCUCACCUUCUAGUUUUCAGUCCUAAGUCUCAUGACCCUAAGUUGAAGGGAGUUGAUGUCCAUCCCCCUAGUUUGUUUUACAGCAGACUUAAAAUUUCUACUGUCAAGUUUGGUGUAGCAUAGCAAAUUCAGCAGGUCAAUUUUUUCAAUCACGUUUUUUGUUGAAAUGGUUGAAUCUGAUAUAUCACAUUCUUACCCCUGGUCAAAUUUUGAUGCUAAUACAUACCAAAUAUAAUAGAAUUUGACCCAACUUCUUCAAUUCCCGAGAAAUUACAAAAAUAAACCAGUUGUGUGACCUCAAUUUGCCCAAGGCAAAAAAAGAGACUUCAUCAAAUGAACAUGAUAUGGUGUGGUAAUGACACAAUGGUCCCAGACAGCUACUGUCCAUUAUUCAUGUGGAUGGAUGCGUGUCUUUGAUCUGAAUGUGCCUUUAAAAUGCCCCAGUACUGUACUUGAGAAUAUAUGUGAGGCAGUGUGGUGAAAUCAGGCACUCGUCAAAAUAAGGAAAUCGGAGAAAAGGGCAUUUUUCAGCCAGUUUUGGAAUCAAAUUUUUAUAUUUUAGCUUAACUUCUUUUAUGUCCGUUUAAAACACAUUUCCUUGUGAAUUUUACUGAAAAACAUUAAUUAAAGGCACAAAAUAUGUCAUUUUUCAGUUUUCAAAGACUCUUUGGCUCUUGGAGUUACCAAACUGUAGCGGCCAUUUUCUCGCUAUUUUCAUCACUGAAACCAGGCGACAACACUUACUUCAAUCGCAACUAUCUUGAUUUCUAGUUAAGAUAAAUGGAUAUAAUUUCUUUGAAAGCACGGCAAAUAGUUCAACUUUCGGAUAAUACCAAUAACUCCACAUGCCCAAAAAUUGACGAGCGCCCGAUUCCACCACGUUGUGACACAUAUAAUUUCAUGGUCUUAUACUUACUUUAUAAUGGUUAUUAUGAUAUUGUUCUAUUGACAGCCAUGAAUAAUUUUGUUCUUGAAGCUGUUGUUCUGUUUGUUUCAGUGUAUUAUAAAUGGAAAUCCACAGACAAUUUUACUUUUGAAGCAAUUGUCCUGCUUUUUUAAUACAUUACUCAAUGCACACAAGUUGUUCUGCACAUGUUGACUGUAUUCUAGCCAUUUUACAGUUUGCCAUAAAAUUUACAGAAUGCGUGUAUGCAAAGAUUGUAUCCCGUGCUUUCAAUAAAAGAAAUUUUGAAAAUGCCAAACACCAA